AUGGUUCAGUUGGUCUUGUACCGUCUUGGUUUUUGCAACAGUUUCGCCUGUAGCAGCUCUGAGCCCUCAUUAUCGCCUGGCCAAAAUCGGAAUCAACGACAAUUUUUCUUUGAUCCCAGCCUCUUUAUACUGCAGGCCGGCUUGGCUGGCGGUGGCGCCUGGGAGGGCUCCAGAUGCCUAACGGGCAGGGGUCAGCCUGGUGUUUGUGUUCGCAUCGGCAAUUGCCAGCGAUAUUAUCGCGUUGCGAGGCAAUUGUCCUUUAUUGCGGUGCGUCAAUGGCCGCCACAGAGCUCUUUGGGAUUGGGUGCGGAUGUUUGCAACUUCUAUGAUCAGUUGGGUCGCAUUAACAAUGGCAUCUGUUGCACAGAUGUGAAUUCAAAUAACUUUGGCGUGCAUCCAAUACCAACAACAACAACAGCGCCAACUAUGACAACCACUACAGAGAAAUCUUCGCAAGCUGCUGAUGAAAUUGAUAGAGUGGAAGAAGCAGAAGGCGAAGAGGAGGAUCCAACGAAUUUAUCACCUGAUCAAACUGUGGAUAAUGCAGGAGUCGAACCAGACCCAGUAGAUAGUAUCAACAGCGUUGAGGACACACCCGACUUUCAGGAUAUGAACACCAUUGAUGCGAAUGCACCUGAAUCUCAACCGCCAUCACCUGCGCCAUCGCCAACUCCUCCAACAACUGCCGUUUAUCCUUAUCAAUGGCCAUUUGGCAACUUUGCUGGCGGCGUUCCUCAGUGGCCGCCACCGUUGCCCACUCACCCGCCCACACUUGGCGGCUGGCCACCACCGAUUCCCACACAUCCCCCCAGUCAUCAGUAUCCGACCCAUCCGACCUCACGACCGAAUCCCUCCACGCCAAGCACUGUUCUGACCACACGACGUCCCCCAACUCGUCCCUCAAGCCGACCCACCACAACCACCACCAGGCGACCCAGCUAUCCGGCAAUAACAACUACAACAACACGACGUCCGACGGGUGGCGUCACUGCGGAGGGUUUGCCUCUGCAAUGUGGCAACAAAAAUCCUGUGUCUCCAGAUCAGGAACGAAUUGUGGGUGGCAUCAAUGCCAGUCCACAUGAGUUCCCCUGGAUUGCGGUGCUCUUCAAGUCCGGCAAACAAUUCUGCGGUGGCAGCCUGAUAACCAACAAUCACAUUCUCACAGCAGCUCAUUGUGUGGCACGCAUGACCUCUUGGGAUGUGGCCGCCUUGACUGCCCAUUUGGGAGACUACAAUAUACGCACGGACUUUGAGGUGCAACACGUUUCCCGUCGUAUCAAGCGACUGGUGCGGCACAAGGGCUUCGAGUUUAGCACGCUGCACAACGACAUUGCCAUUUUGACGCUGAGUGAGCCUGUGCCUUUUUCCACUGAGAUUCAACCCAUUUGUCUGCCUACAUCGGCUGCCCAGCAAUCUCGCUCCUAUAGUGGUCAAGUGGCCACUGUCGCCGGUUGGGGAAGUCUGCGUGAGAAUGGACCACAGCCAUCGAUUCUCCAAAAGGUUGACAUACCAAUCUGGGCAAAUUCGGAGUGUGCUCAGAAAUAUGGACGUGCUGCGCCCGGUGGCAUCAUCGAGUCCAUGAUAUGCGCUGGACAGGCCGCCAAGGAUUCCUGCAGCGGUGACUCUGGUGGUCCCAUGAUCGUCAACGAAGGCAGCCGUUACACCCAAGUGGGCAUUGUCUCCUGGGGCAUUGGUUGUGGCAAGGGACAGUAUCCUGGUGUAUACACGCGUGUCACUUCGUUGCUGCCCUGGAUCUACAAGAACAUCAAGUGAACACUAGUAUUUUAAAUAGUUUAAGUCGUGAUAUAUUGUGACAUGUGAAAUAAACAGCAUACGGAAAUUGA